UUCAGUUACUACACUGAUUCGUAGAAGUAAACACACAUCGGGAGCGCUAAAGAAAAGUUUUAGAUAAAAAAGUGGACCAUUUCAAAAAUAUUUCAAGUUUUCAGUUUUACAAAUUGUUAAAUUCGGCGUGUUAUAAAUUCAUAAAUUUGUAGGACUAUAUAUUUGUUUUCCGCACAAUACACAAAACCUCCACUGAGCUACACAGGCAAGCCAAUCCUCCACAAUUUGUAACUGUUUUAUCAAGUGAACGUUACUAUUCAAAUAACUCUACUGAUCACAAUUUGUAUUACGAAAUUUAAAGUACUGAUAUUCUCACUACUUUCGGUUAAAAUUGUGUCCAUUUCUGGUUGAAAAUGAAGGUCAAGAAAUAUUGCAUGGGUUCAAAAGCGCCAGUGUUCGUCAGCCACGUGGCCCCGUAUAACUUUCUGAGGGAGUACCGUCUAUUAUGCGAAGAUACCGAAAUACCCGCGGAGACCCUGAUAGGAGAGGCCGUCCAGGCCUGGCAGGCGCUAAGUCUAGACGAGAGAAGUUUGUUCGAGGAGACCAAGUAUUUGGCGGCCCGAUUUUGCCAAUCCAGCGAAUCGGCUUUAAAAUUAACUAUUGAUUUGCUGUCGGCCCAGCAAACCACUGUAAGACGGGUGCCAAGUUCUCAAAGUGAUCGUAGUCUCCAUACGAUCUCUAAAAAAUCGAAGAAGAUCGGGGGCGGUAAUACAUUAUCGAACAGGAAGAAAAUCCAACAAAAAAUGCGUGCGGCUAGCAAGAUGGACGGAUCAGUGUCUGAAUGUUCAUGGAGCGGGGCAAGCACCUCUAGGAAGUCCUCUUGAAAAUGUUGUGGUUAAAAAAGAUGACCCCGUUGCUAAUGAUUUUUAAUAUGACGAUGGAAAGGAAUGGAAAAUAUAA